GGAGAGCAGGCCUCUUCCAGUGAGAGACACAGAGCCCCCUGCGCCCCUCUGGCCACUGGGGUUGUUUAUGAGGAGCAGAAGGACCUCCUGGGAACCCGAGGCUAAAAGCACAGCGCAGCUGAGCCCUGGGGGGAACAGAACUGGACAGCCUUCUCUCGGGAGAUGUGUUGCCUCUGGGGACGUCAUUCCUGAGUUCUCACUAGGGGGGACGUGAGAGGCCAGCCUGGCAUGCAGAGUCCUUGGCAUUGAGGCCACCACCAGUCAUGAAGGGCCUGGCGGAGGUGGCCUCUGAGGAGCCAGCCCCGACGGGGAGAGGGCCGGCAGGACCCUCAGGAGGCAGCGGCGGCAGUGAGGUCCAGAGAGUGCCUGGGAGCGCAUCGGUCGUCUGGGAGCGAGCAGGGCCCGAGGAGGCCAAGGCCACCGUCAGAGAGGAUGCUGCCCCUUCCCCGGGCGCCUCUCAGCCGGCUGCUGCGCCCCCUCCUGGCCAGAUGGGAUCACACCCCACAGACCUGACCUUGCAGCUGCGGGCCGUGCGCAGGAAGAGCGGGCAGCCUGACCCCGGCCUGCAGCAGGUCCUGCGGGGCCGGCUCCGCCUGCUGGAGAACGACAGCUGGGAGAUGGCCCGUGCUCUUGGGGAGCUGUCGGCCAGGCUGCUGUCCAUCCACAGUGACCAGGAUCGGAUUGUGGUGACAUUUAAGACUUUUGAAGAAAUCUGGAAGUUUUCUACCUACCAUGCUCUUGGCUUCACGCACCACUGCCUGGAAAACCUGCUCAUGGACCAGGACUUCUGGCUGCUUGCACCCCACGAGGACGAGGAGACGGCAAUUCAGGUCCACGUGGAUGAGGAGGCCUUGAAGCUGACACAUGAGAGCCUCCUGGUCCAGGAAGGGCCUUUCUUUGUCCUGUGUCCUGACCACCACGUGAGAGUGAUAACGGGUCCCCAGCCACUCAGGCGGGCUUCGGGGAGUCCCCAGGCAGAGGUGGCCCUGACAGUGGGCUCCUCAGCCCCCAGCCCCAGCACAGCCUCGAAGGUGGGGGCGGCAGCCGCCCCUGCAGAGCCUUUGGAACCGUUCCAUCAGUGGGCUCUUAGGGUCCCCUGGGACCCCAUCAGCGACUCCAUGGGUGGACCUGUGACACCGGACAGCCAGCAGAUGGCUGUGGGCCUGGCCUCGGCAGUGGCAGACUACCAGGGCUCGGGGCCCGAAGAGAUGACUUUCCAAAGUGGCGACCACAUAGAGAUCCUGGGCGCCCAAGUGCCCGGCCUGCCCUGGUGCAUGGGCCGGCACGUGGCCUCUGGCCAGGUCGGGUUUGUGCGGACGAGUCUCAUCCAUGUGCAGGGCCCAGUGUCUGAUUUGGAAAGUGUGAUUUUUCUCAAUGAAGAAGAAAGGUCUUUCUUCAGCAGCGAAGGAUGCUUUUCUGAAAAGGAUGCCAGGCAGCUGCUGCUGAGGACUUCUGGCGCUGACACCUGCGCUGCGUACAGCUUGGACAUGUUAGAAGAGGCUGAGCCUCAGCAGCAGAAAAUACAUGAAAUGCCUCCGCCUGGCUUGAGCCUGGAGCCACGUGAGACCCUGCAGAAGGUGAAGAAUGUUCUCGAACAGUGCAAGUCCUGCCAGGGCCACCCCGAGGCGCCAGCGUCCCCGGACUUCCACAGGGUGUCCAGUGGUACGAGCCCGCCGGACACAGAGCAGCCCUUCCACCUGGACGGCGGGGCCGACGGGGCCGACCCGGAGGCGCUGGGCUCGCUGCUGCUGCUCUUGGACGCGCCCGGGUCCGAGGCCGUCUUCCGCAGCCUGUACAGCCUCUCCCUGCCGGCGCUCAGCAGCCUGCUCUGCGGUUCCACCGACGAGGAGGAGCUGGCCCGGCGCCUGGCCCGGGCCCGGGGGGCGGCCAAGAAGGCCGGCCUGCCCAUGGCCCUCGCCAGGCUCUGCUUCGUCCUGGGGCGGCUGUGCGUGCGGAGGCUGAAGCUGUCCCAGGCCCGGGUGUACUUCGAGGAGGCCGUGGGGGCGCUGGGGGGCCGCUUCGGCGACCUCUUCCUGGCAGUGGCCGUGUACACCAACCUGGCCUCCGUCCACCUGCGGCAGAAGAACCCGGAGAAGGGUGCACAGGUGCUGCCGAAGGCCUUGGCCCUGCUUCUGGGGACGCCCGGCCACGUCUGCAGCACCGAGGCUGAGUCGGGGCUCCUGAGGCUCGCCCUGCGGAGGGCCGUCGGCGGCCGGAGCCCCCAGGCCGAGGCCCGGGCCUGCUUCCUGCUGGCCAAGCACCACGCCCGCCUCAAGCAGCUGGAGGAGGCCCUGCCUUUCCUGGAGAGGCUGCUGCUUUUGCACAGGGCCUCGGGGUCCCCGGGCGCCGCGUGGCCCAUGGACUGCUACCUGCUCCUGGCCGACAUCUACAGUCGCAAGUGCCUGCCGCACCUGGCGCAGAGCUGCGUCAAGGUGGCCUCGCGGCGCACGCGGGGCUCACCAGGCAGCGCCCUCCGGAGCGUGGCCCUGGUCCUGCAGAACUGCCCCUGGCUCCACCGCCUCCCCUCCCAGAUCGCCCAUUACCUCAGGCAGGCGCUGGCCUCCCCGGACACCCGGCCGGCGCUGCGUGGCCUGCUCUGCGCCAGCCUGGCCCAGCUGCACAGCCAGCACGGACAGCAUGGAAGGGCCAUCGCCUUCAUGACUCAGGCCGCGGAAGCCGACGCCCAUACUGGCGGCCACUGGGUCGUGGACCACCUGGUGGCUGUGGCCUGGUUGCAUGUGCUUCACGGGCAAAGCCUGGUGGCCCUGGACAUCCUGGAGUCCGUCCUGGACGCGGCGGUGGCCACCCUGGACCAGGAGGGCGUGAUCGCCAACAUGGCAGGCAUUGCCCUGAAGAGGACGCGCAGGACCCGGCAGGCGGCCGAGGGCUACUACCGCGCCCUGCAGGUGGCCAGGCGCCUGGGCCGGCUGCGGAACCAGGCGGUGGUCCUGGCCAACUUUGGGGCCCUCUGCCUGCAGGCCGGCGCCGACGGGCUGGCCCAGCACUACCUCCGGGAGGCUGUGAAGUUCUUCUCGCGGCUGCCCAGCGGGGAGUGCGGCCGGGACUUCACCCAGGUUCUCCUGCAGCUGGGGCUCCUCUGCACCCGCAGGGCGCUCACCCACCAGGGCAAGUGCUACUACGAGUGGGCCUUUCUGGUCGCCGUGGAGACAGACCACCUGGAGAGCCAGCUGCGUGCCGUCCAGAGGCUCUGUCACUUUUACAGCGCCGUCAUGCCCAGCGAGGCCCGGUGCGUCGUCUACCACGAGUUCCAGCUCUCGCUGGCCCGCAAGGUGGCUGACAAAGUGCUGGAGGGGCACCUGCUGGAGACCAUCGGCCAGCUCUACCUGUCCCUGGGCACCGAGCGGGCCUACAAAUCCGCGCUGGACUACACCAAGCGCAGUCUGGGGAUUUUCAUCGACCUGCAGAAGAAGGACAAGGAAGCACAUGCCUGGCUGCAGGCAGGGAAGAUCUACUACAUCCUGCAGCAGAACGAGCUGGUGGACCUGUACAUCCAGGUGGCACAGAACGCAGCGCUGUGCACGGGGGACCCCCACCUGGGGCUGCAGCUCUUUGAGGCGGCUGGAGACAUCUUCUUCAACGGGACCUGGGAGCGGGAGAAAGCUGUGACCUUCUAUCGGGACCGGGCGCUGCCCCUGGCCGUGACCACCGGGAGCCGGAAGGCAGAGCUGCGGCUCUGCAACAAGCUGGCAGCCCUGCUUGGGGAGAUGAAGACCCCGCAGGAGGGCCUGGAGUUCGCCCACACGGCCCUGGCGCUCAGCAUCACCCUGGGGGACCGACUGAACGAGCAAGUGGCCUACCACCGGCUGGCGGCCCUGCACCACAGGCUGGGCCAGAGUGAGCUGGCCGAGCACUUCUACCUCAAGGCGCUCUCGCUCUGCCGCUCGCCCCUGGAGUUCGAUGAGGAGACGCUGUACUACGUGAAAGUGUACCUCGUGCUCGGGGACAUCAUCUUCUACGACCUCAAGGACCCGAUGGACGCGGCCGGGUACUACCAGCUGGCGCUGGCGGCGGCUGUGGACCUGGGCAACAAGAAAGCGCAGAUGAAGAUCUAUACGCGCCUCGCUGCUGUCUACCACAACUUCCUCCUGGACCGCGAGAAGUCCCUCUUCUUCUACCAGAAGGCGCGGACCUUCGCCACUGAGCUCAACAUCCGCCGGGGCCACCUGGCCCCCGUGCGGUGCUGCAGGCGGGCACCCUGGCUGGUCCUCGACCCCCAUUCCUGAGCCCCAUCCUCGCAGACAUGGCCUCGGUCUGUCCCGGUGUCUCGGGUGGCUCAUUCUGGGAAACAGAGGCACGACGCUCGGGGCCAAAUAGAAAUAAAUGGUUUUUGCAGAAAUGUC